AUGGCUCCUCCCGCUCAGAAUGGGCCUGAUGGCUCAUCACUUAAACCCGUUUCGUCGCUGAGGGCCAAGUUCGAGAACAUGAACAAGAAUGGUGAAUCCGCCGCCGCGCCUGGUCCCUCCCCACCACGAACCAUCUCUCCGGCCCCGAAGCCCGAGUUCCUUCGAGAUGCGAAAGCCUCCUCCGAAAGCCUCCCAAUCCCCCCGAGACCCCGUGAGCGCGCGAGCAUCUCGGGACCGUCACUCCCACCUCCUCUGCACGAGCCCGUCCCUCGCUCACCCGGCCGCUCCCUAGGUGUCCCUCCUACCUUGAAACCUGAGCCGGUGAAAGCUCCUUCGGUCCUGGUAGAGCCGCCUCAGUCACCACCCAAGAACUCCAUCUCGAGAUUCACCAUCGCUGAGACGUCAGCUUUUUUGAACGCCGCCGACUCUGGCUCUUCCACACCCACCACGCCAACCACUUCGCGGGCCUUUAAGAUCCCAAGUCGGCCACACACCCCUUCGCUCGAUCCCCGACGGUCACCAAGGUUAUCUGCUUCACAACCACCUUCACCACCGCCCCCGAGAAGAUCUGUCGAGAUACGGAGGGAUAACAAGCCUGCUCUGCCCCCGCCAAUCAACCGUGCCGAAAAGCCGUCGAUGCGAGACCAGCCAAAGGCCCCUUACUACGCAGACCAUCAAAUCGGCGCUGCUGAAAUCAGGGGAAAACUCAGGGAUGAGACAUCUCCGUUCAGUAGCCCACCUGGAAGCCCCGAAAGUAUCCACGACCCGACCCCUCCGACACUCCCCACGAGACCGAAAGCGCUCGCCACACAGACGGAACCACCGCCGCCUCAGAGAGGCAGACCGCUGGAUGUUGGAUUCGCACCGCCGCCCGUCCAUCACUCAAUCGUGACCAAGAGAAACCAGCGGGAGCAGGAAACGAAUGGUUUCAUCAAGGGUCAGAUCACUCCGCAGAUCACGGGCGACCGGCCCAAUGUACCCGCUCUUCCCGCGAGGCCGCAGACCGUUGCGGAGCCUCCGCCGCGACCGCCCGUGACGAUGAAACCGCCUCUGCGUCCUCCAAGAGCGGGCGUCAACACCCAUAUCGUCAGCCACUCCGUCAGCCACUCCGUUGACUUCCAGCCCCCGCCCAAACGAAUCGUUUCGACUCCGACAACAACACAUCUUCCGCCGCCAUCACGGCUACCGGGACGUGCGAAUACGGUGACAGAGCGGACGUCAGAGAGACCUGCGCCGCGCCCGCCGCCUCCUCAACCGCCCCAACCGGUCCAGCACGCUCAGCCUGCGCAACCGCAGCCAGCCGAGCCGACCGUAUCUCUGAUUCCCUCCAGCAAUACAUCAAAGGUCGAGAUCAACGGCAACAUACCAAACUUCCCGGACCCUGCCAAUGUCAACCGGCGGCCGCCCUAUAUCAAACAGGGUAUGCACGAAAUACAGACCAAAUACGAUCCGCGAACGUUUGACGUGUGCGGCGAUCUCAUCUGCACGACUGGCCACUUGACACGGGUGUGGAACCUUCGGGAUGGUGAAUUAUUGAUGAGUUUUGCCCACGGCGAAGGAAUCAAGGCUACAACCGUGGCCUUCAAGCCCGGCCUGAAUGUGGACGAGGAAGGAAAGAGACUGUGGAUUGGAAACAACUUUGGCGAACUGAUGGAAGCCGAUAUUGCAACGCAAAGCGUGGCUGCGAAUAAGCCAGGGGCUCACGGCCGGCACGAAGUUGUCAAGAUCUACCGCCACUUCAACGAGAUGUGGUCGUUGGAUGAGAAUGGCGGCUUACUCGUUUGGGCCCCAGAUGAAGAGAGCGGUACGCCGAACCUGACCAACAACCCCCACCAAGCCUUCCGCCUACCCAAGGGCCAUUCAUUCUCAGUGGUUGUCGGAGACAAGUUGUGGCACGCGACGGGCAAGGAGAUUCGCGUGUUUGCCCCAUCGUCGGACGGACAAAUCCAGUUCCAAGUGUUGGUCCGCGCCCUGGUUCAGGACACAGCGGGCGAGGUGACUUCGGGAACCGAAGUGCGGUCGCAGCCGAACAAGGUCUUUUUCGGUCACGCCGAUGGUAAAGUGUCCAUUUACAGCACACAGGACUUCACCUGCCUUGGCAUCGUCAACUUGAGUUCGUGGAAGAUCAACACGCUUGCAGGGGUUGGCGAUCACCUCUGGGCGGGCUUCAACACCGGCAAGAUUGGUGUCUAUGAUAUGGAGCCAACGCCAUGGGCUCAAAAGAAAGACUGGCAGGCUCACGAGAAAAACCCUGUCGUGAAGCUCGUCUCGGACCCGUCGAGUUGUUAUAGGCUGGAUCGCCACCAGGUCAUCUCUCUCGGCGCCGACAACAUGGUCCGUGUUUGGGAUGGCCUACUGCAGGACGACUGGCACGAGACGGAGAUGAAGGCCAUGGACACGCAGUAUUGCGAGUUCCAAGAUCUCAAGGUGCUGUGCAUGACUUGGAACGCGGGCGCCUCAACACCUCACAGUUUGCGAUACGCACAAGAAGAUGCCGAGUUCAUCAAAAGCCUGCUUACUUCCAACAGCUCGCCGGAUAUUCUCAUCUUUGGAUUCCAGGAGCUCGUGGAUCUGGAAGACAAAACCGCAACAGCCAAACGCUUCCUAAAGGUGAAGAAGAAGGAGGGCUCAGAUCAGGAGCACAUGAGUCAUCAGUAUCGCGACUGGAGAGAUUUUCUCCUCAAGAGUCUCGAUGACUACAUGCCUCCGGACUGCCUGUAUCAUCUGCUCCACACUGCCACGCUUGUUGGGUUGUUCACUUGCAUCUUUGUCAAGUCGACGCUUAGAGAUCGUAUCCAGAACCUCAGUGCAGCAGAAGUCAAGCGAGGCAUGGGCGGUCUUCACGGCAACAAGGGCGCCAUCGUCGUGCGGUUCAUGGUGGACGACUCGUCACUGUGCUUCAUCAACUGUCACUUGGCAGCAGGCCAGUCGCAGGCCAACAGUCGCCACAACGACGUCGCCGCCAUUCUCGAAGCCCAAAUCCUGCCGCCCGAGCGAGAUCCCAACGCUCGUCUCGACAGCUACGUCGGUGGCGGAGACGGCACCAUGAUUUUGGACCACGAGCUGUGUCUGCUCAACGGUGACUUGAACUACCGCAUCGACACCAUGUCGCGCGACACGGUUGUCAUUGCAGUGAAGCAGAACAAUCUCGCCAAGCUUCUCGAGCGAGACCAACUUCUCGUGGCCCGGCGGCGAAACCCUGCCUUUAAGCUCCGUGCAUUUGAGGAAAUGCCAAUCACCUUUGCGCCGACGUACAAGUAUGACGUUGGAACAGACAAUUACGACACGAGCGAGAAGAAGCGCUCGCCGGCGUGGUGCGAUCGACUCCUUUAUCGAGGCGGCAGCAGGAUCAAGCAGGUGGAUUACAAGCGACACGAAGUCCGCGUAUCCGACCAUCGCCCCGUCACGGGCAGAUUCAAGUUUACCGUCAAGAAGAUCCAGCCAAAGGCGCGGGCGAUGGCGUGGAUGGACUGCCAACAGAGAUUCGAGGACCUCAAAUGGAGCGAGGUCGACAAUGACAAGAUGUCCUACCUGACAAAUGUCAUUGGUUACGAUGAAGCCACGGCACGGAGCAUCAUCCAUCCUGAAAAGGCUACGUAA